UGAGUUUUCCACCUUUGUCUGCCUAUUUCUCUAUACGAAUACAGCUUUUUUCCCUGUUCUACGGUGCCAGUACUACCUGAGUUAUCAACUAUCGUCCGAGGCUUUGCAAAUGCUCUCCGAUCGACUUGGCGUCGUCACAUCUUCACGCGGUCCGAACUUCCAAAAAUAACUGCUAAAAAACCUUCUUCCGAAACAUUUCGGUGUAAUUCCCCCCGCAUAUUCAUGGUCCGAUUUCCGUUGGGCGCGGCUCCAUAUGGUCGCUGCGUUUGCCACCGACUGCCUAGGUGAGACGCAGCUUUGUUUACCCUUUCCCCAGAAAUGACAUCAUCCAAAACCCCGAUCCCGUCUUAUAAAUCGUCCCGUUCUCCAGUCCCCACUUCACCUUUUUUUGAAACAUCCAUCACCCCACAAAAAUCGAAAGUCGACUGCGAUGGCGCUCUUCUAUGUGCAAGGAGUGCCCAUUGGCGCGGUGGCCAUUAUGCUCGCCCUUGUGGCAAGUAUGGGAGGCUUCAUCUUUGGUUACGACACAGGUCAGAUAUCAGACAUCCUGCUCAUGGAGGACUUCAAGCUGCGGUUUGCUACGUGUUCAAUCCCUGGCGAUGCCUCCACCUGUCACUUCAGCAAUGUACGCUCCGGUUUGAUCGUCGGUCUGUUGUCCAUCGGUACCCUCUUUGGAGCUCUCUUCGGUGCACCAACUGCUGAUUACCUCGGCCGGCGUUAUGCCAUGGUUGUAGAGUGCGGGUUGUUUAUUGUCGGCGUCAUCAUCCAGAUAUCUAGUACCAGCGUGUGGCAACAAUUUGCCGUUGGUCGUCUCGUUAGCGGCCUGGCUGUCGGGGCACUGAGUGCUGCGGUUCCUAUGUAUCAAGCUGAAACUGCUCCUCCGCAAAUCCGUGGAAGUCUGACGGCAACAUACCAGCUGUUCAUCACGUUCGGUAUACUCGUUGCAUAUUGCAUAUCUAUCGGCACACGAGAUGUCAAUGGUGCAGGUUCUUGGCGGGCUGUUGUGGGGAUUGGUAUCGCUUGGCCCUUUAUUCUCGCGAUUGGAAUUCUCUUCAUGCCUGAAAGUCCUCGGUGGCUCGCAAAGCAUGGACACCUUGAAAAGGCUGCAGAAGCUAUUGCGAGGACCCGCGGAAUCCCGCUUUCAGAAGUCAAGACAGAUCCGAUCGUGGUACGGGAGGUUGAAGAAAUUAGGAGUAAUGUGGAGUACGAAAAGAACUUUGCGGGUGGUUGGCUUGACUGCUUCAAGCCUGGUAACAAGAUCUUGUAUCGAACUCUCCUCGGUAUGGCCCUGCAAAGCUUCCAACAAUUAACUGGCGCAAAUUACUUCUUCUAUUACGGAGCAACCAUCUUCUCAUCAGUUGGUAUCGAGGACUCUUACGUCACCCAAAUUAUUCUUGGUGCUGUCAACUUCGUAUGCACAUUCGGAGGCAUAUAUGUAAUGGAGAAGUUCGGACGUCGUGUGCCUCUUAUUGUAGGAGGUCUUUGGCAGGCAGCAUGGUUGUUCGUAUUCGGGGCAGCUGGUACUGCAAAAGUUCCUGCAGACAAUCCAGGAAUUGGAAAGCUCAUGAUUGUCUCUGCAUGUAUGUUUAUUCUUGGCUAUGCCAUGACAUGGGCCCCCGGUGUGUGGAUAUUAAUCGGAGAGACGUUCCCCACGAGGACCCGAGCCAAGCAAGGUGCAUUAGCUACUGCUGCGAAUUGGUUAUGGAAUUUCCUCCUUGCCUUCUUCACGCCUUUUAUCGUCAGCGCUAUCGAAUUCCGAUAUGGUUUCGUCUUUGCUUCAUGCAAUCUCGCUGGAGCUGUGAUCGUUUACUUGUUCUUGUACGAGUCAUCUGAGCUAUCCUUGGAAGGCGUUGAUCAGAUGUACAACGAUCCUAAUUGCAAGCCGUGGACUUCUCGUCAAUGGGCGCCUCCUGGAUACAAGAACCGCCGUGAUCUUGUUGAACAGACUCGCGCAGCUGAGUCUAACAAGACUAUCGCUACAGCGGAGCACAAGGAAACUGUGUCGCCCUCCAGUAGCACGAAUGAACAUGCUGCGGAAAAGGUCUAACGUACACAUUAAUGCUAUUUAUGACGUUGAUGCCGUUGAUGUCUUUUCCUCAUCAAUCGUGGUGUAGGUGUAUUCUUAAUGACCUUGGCGAAGGUAGACGCAGCUGUAUAGUAAGCCACACACGUUAAUAUUGAUAUUGUUAUGAGAAG